CUCUCUCUCUCAAAAUGAAAGAGUUUCGCAUCUAGUCAUCUAUGGUUAUAAACGCGUAUCGUUUUUGGCAAAGCUUAAUUCAGGAUUUAAACAUAAAAUUCCAUCGCCACCAAAUAAAGCAAUAGCAACACAGAAUAUCAUUCAAACAGUAAAUGGUCGUACAAGUUUUGCUAACUGUAAAUAUAUCAAAACAAAAUGGAAUCUCUGGGCAUCACGCUACAAUUGGGCCAAAUUUUGAUGGUAGAAACGUCCAGUGAAUUGCUAACUGGCACAUUGAAGUUCGUUGACCCCAAGCGCAAAAUAAUAGAAUUAGAAAACGCUUAUGAUCAACGUUCCAACUGUUCGUAUAACUCGCCCCAAAUUUUGGCGUUUCCUCAAAUAAAAAAGAUACAAAUUAUACGAAGUGGAGAAGCAUCGUGUAACACAAAUAGUGGAAGCGAUACAGGAACAUCUCCUACAACAUCUGACGUUGAUCCAGACAGUUACAGCAGCUACAAUACCGCGCAAAAGUCACCAACAUCUUUGCCUGAACACAAACAAGAAAUCGAGGUUGCACUAAGUAGCACUGAAUUAGAUCUUAUUCAUGAGCAACUCAAUUCUGUGGUAUACAUUACGCAAACGGAUCAACGAUAUCACAAAGCAUUGGCAGACAUACGCGUUCAACCGAUAGUUGCGCUUGUUAUAGAGCCGGUUGAUUUUGGUCGAGCACAACGUACAUCAGUGAUGGCAGUUGCCACCUAUCAAGCGGUAUACAUUUUUGACAUAAUUGCUCUGGGAAGUAUUUUUCGCGAAAUGAAACAAAUACUGGAGGCGGAACGACCGCGCAAAUCUGUUCACUACAGUCAUAGACUACUUGAUCAGUUAAAAAAUCGUCAUGGCAUUAAAUUAGGUGGAGUAUUCGAUACUUUUGUAGCGGUAUCAAUUGUUCGUGGUAGCAAGGAACCAACCACUUUAAUAGAAGCUGUAGAGCAAACAUUGAAUAUAACACAUCUUUACUUUCAGCCCGAUGAAGAUAGUAACCACAAAUAUGAUCUGUAUAAACGGCCACUAUCCGUUAAAUUGCGCCAAGUAUUUGCAAAAAAGUCUAUAUAUCAAUUGAAGUUAUAUGAGCACCUCCUCCAUAAACAUAUGCUGAGAAACUUCUACAACCAAUGUACAAAUUUUUCACAUACAUUUUGCGAAAACGAAGAUGCUACUACGCCGCUGGAAAUGCAACGAAAGAGUAGAGCAGGAUUUCAACAUAUAAAGCGCAGUACAAACGAUUUUGCAUUCAAAUUCAAUGAGCUAAAUUAAUUUUGUACUAUAGCCCAAAACUUAAGUGUAUAGUAGCUCGGAACGCCACUGCGUAAGCAAUGCAUAACACAGUAACAUAUUCGUUUUCACGGCAGUCGGUUCUACGUUACCGAAACGACCCGGAUUUAUAUCAGGCCAAGGAUUACCACUCCAUCAGCAUUCCCCGUAUGUAAGAAUGGGGAAUGUUUAUGCUGAUACAACAACAACAACAGUAACAUAUUCAGUCUUGUACUGACUUUCGAUGCCGAAAAAUUUGCUCAAUAUCAAAAUGAAUAAUGCUCGUGAUUUCGAUUUUGAUCAAAUUUUUUGGCUUCAAAGGUAUUGCCGACAAGAAAAAAAAUCUAUUCAAUCUCACCGAAAUUGAAAAAAACCAACACCCAAAUGGGGUGGGACUGCAACUUUUGCUCUUCAACAAGACUGAUUAAUACGUUUUUUUUUAGUAAUCUGCAAAUGCAAGCCGUGUUCUACAGUUAAAGUAGUUUAUAAAAAAAUAACUUCCACAUUCGUCCUACGGUGUUUCUGGACAAGUAAAAUAAUAAAUAUUUGUACAUACUAUAUAUGCCUUUAAGGCCGGCGGGCCAAUUAGAUGUCCUAAAUUCAGUAGUUUUCGCGAAGCGUUGUAGGAUGAGAAAAAAAACAAUUAGCCAAAUGAAGUUUUGGGGAUAGUUUAAUAUAUAUUUGAACUAAAAAAAAAAAUGUGUACAAUCUCCAACAAUAUAUUGUAAGCCGAGUUAUCAAUAGAUUCCCAGAGCGCCUGUAUCCAACUUUUGUACAAGAUACAACUUGCAAUUUUCAUCUGAAAACACAAAACAAAAAAAAAAAAGAUUAUUAAUUUUGUUGUAAUUAGGUAGUAGGUAGAAAAAAAAAAUGGUUUUUCAAGGAAAAAAAAAACUCUUCAACUGGGUAAAAAAGUCGCUUAAAAAAGUUUUUGGAUGUUUUUUAGUUCACAUAGAAGAUAAUUACAUCAAAAUUAAUAAUCUUCUUUUUUUUUUUUUUUUUGCGUUUUCAGAUGAAAAUUGCAAGUUGUAUCUUGUACAAAAGUUGGAUACAGGCGCUCUGGGAAUCUAUUGAUAACUCGGCUUACAAUAUAUUGUUGGAGAUUGUACAAAUUUUUUUUUUUAGUUCAAAUAUAUAUUAAACUAUCCCCAAAACUUCAUUUGGCUAAUUGUUUUUUUUCUCAUCCUACAACGCUUCGCGAAAACUACUGAAUUUAGGACAUCUAAUUGGCCCGCCGGCCUUAAGCUGAAGCAAAUCCCCAUGAUAUUUUUCUCAUACAUAUCGUGAUAUGGAUACUUAAGGCGUGGAUAUCCUUUCAAAGUUUUAUAAAUGCGGCAUUAAUGGGAAAAGAUUCAUCCAAUUAUAUCUGCGUGCAAUGCAUGGUAUAGUACAAUCACUGAAGAUUCCCUGUUUUACUUGAAUUUGUCAUCGAUUACGACGAAUGAAGAAGCGUAAAAGUAAACUACUCUUAAUAAAUGUUUGUAAUAAUAUACAAAAUUUAAAUAUUGUAAAGAUUAUCAAAAAUUUCAGUUUCCAUAAAAAACACGAUGCAAAAAUUGUAUAAUUUCUACAUAGCACGGGUGUAGCCUAAAUUGCGCUUUAUCAACGUAAUGAGUUGUUGUUGUUGUAGCAACAUAAACAUUCUCCAUACAUACGGGGAAUGCUGCUGGAGUGACAGACCUUGGCCGGAUAUAAAUCCGGGUCGUUUCAGUAACGUACAACCGACUGUCAUGGAAACGAACGUAAUGAGUGUUAAUGCUCAGCUGUACACUACUACCAGAAAACAAGAACUCUACCGUUAGAUGAGUUAGACCUAGACGAUCGUUGACUAUACCGCACUGCCAGGGUUUAGUAAACUGCUACAACAACAACAGCUCUUAUUUUCCAUUCCAUUAACCCAUAUUGCUCAGCAAUCUAAAGCUUGGGAUUGAAGGUAUCAGAAGUCAAUAUAAAUUGGUUGGAUUAGAUUGUUGAUCCUAGACUUCUAAUAAUAGAAAAGUGGAAAGUUUGGCUUUAUUGUUUUAAAAGGAAUAGCUUUAUGAAGCUGUUAAAAAAAACUGAUCUCUUAAACAUUUUUUUUUAUCGGCAGUGAGACCUGAUGAAUAGCUAGUCUUUAACUAUCGGAGUGUACAAAGAAUUAUGGCAACCUAAAGCUAAAGCAUGAAGGUCUCAUAUAAAUCAAUAUCAAUUACUGAUCCUAUACUUCAUAUAAUAGGGAGGUGUAGAGUUUGAUUUUGAAUGAGCAGCUUUAGAAAGUUGUUAGCAAUUUCCCACUAAAGACUUUAAAGAAAUUUAAAGCAAAAACUUAAUUGUUCAUUACAACCGAUUUUUUUUGUUUAAAAGAAAAAGUAGACUAGAAGUUUUCAUUAUUGUAAUGCAUCAUUGAAAGGCAAAGUAAAAUAUUUUUUUUUGCUCAAGUGCUUCUCAUCGAAUGUUUGGAUAUUAUAAAUUCUUUAGUUUUUGAUAAAAGCUUUUGUUUUGCUGUUUUUUGAGCAUGCAUUUGUAUCUUACAUCCUUAUUUUGCUGUUAAUUGAUUUUUUCCUCAGAUAUAUGGAAAAUGUUUUGAGGGUAAGAUUUAAUUUUCGCCAUGUCUGGGAAUAUUAUUAUUAUUAUUUUUUUUAAAUCAGACAAGGCAAAAAAUUCACAGUUAAGUCCUAUGAUAGGCCAAAUUUCCCUAUAUGAUGGCUAAUAUUGUAAAUAAAACUGAUUGAUAGAUCGCAUCACAUUUGGAGAUUUUUCGUACAGACCGUUCCGACCAAAUAAUUAAAAAAAAUUGUUACAUGGGUGAGAUUUACAAAGUCCCUGUGGGCAUUAGGUGUGAAGUUUUCGGUACAUUUUAGAAGAUAUUUUGUUUUUGUGUUUUUUUUUUUGUUUUUUUUUUUUUUGAAAUUGUUGACCAAAUGAAGAAGUAGUAUCCUGAAAAUCUUACAAAUGUCGGCGCUGAAGGUUUUGAAAUUUAAAACUUUGUGAAAAGUAAAAAUGAUAAAUGGGUUAAAAAAUUUUAUUGUCCUUAACCGGCAUCUAUUGUCAAAAUAGUAAGUUCAUGAUGUAAAUCGAAAAUGGUACGAUUAAAAUUGAGAUGCACAAUUGAAUAUAAAUAAUAAGUGAUAUACAAAUGUAUUUACCCGAAAACUCACAAUUACCGUUAUAUUACUAUGUAUGAAUAUUUACUGAUUUGAAUUAUGUCAUUUGAGCAAAGUUUUGAGUUCCAGAUAUUAUAAAAAAUUAUUUUUUCAUACCAUGAAUUGUA